UUAUGUUGACAUGUCCCGCCUACUGGCCGGUCUGCGGACUUCACACAGGCAGUUGUGUGUUUCAUAAAAAUGCACUCUGAUGCGGCAAAUUUUCAGCUGAACUCCCAUUUUUCUACACUGGCCAGCAUCCACAAAAUCUACCACACCCUGCACAGGCUGAACCUGACGGAGGACGUUGGACAGGACGGUCACUCCACAGCCUGCCGCUCCAGAGCCAUGCCUCCGAGGAAAAAGAGGAGACCCACUACUGGAGAUGAUCUGUCAGCUAAGAAGAGUCGCCAGGACAGUGUUUUUAGAAAACAUGAGGCACCACAAAUCCGGGAGGAAGAGACCUUCUCCAGUAAAAGAUGUCUGGAGUGGUUCUAUGAGUACGCAGGCUGUGAUGAUGUCGUGGGGCCAGAGGGAAUGGAGAAGUUCUGUGAAGAUAUUGGAGUGGAACCAGAGAAUGUGGUGAUGCUGGUUUUGGCCUGGAAGCUGGAUGCCCAGAGUAUGGGCUACUUCACUCUACAGGAGUGGUUGAAAGGCAUGGGCUCCCUGCAGUGCGACUCCACAGAGAGACUGAGGAACUCCCUGGACUACUUGAGGUCUGUCCUAAACGACACCACCAACUUUAAGCUCAUUUACAGAUACGUUGAUUUUGCUCGGGAAAAGGACCAGAGGAGUUUAGACCUGAACACAGCCAAAUGCAUGCUGGGGCUUCUCCUGGGGAAGACGUGGCCACUGUUUCCUGUAUUCAAUCAGUUUUUAGAGCAAUCCAAGUAUAAGGUUAUCAACAAAGACCAGUGGUGCAACGUUCUAGAGUUCAGCAGGACAAUCAACCUAGACCUCAGUAACUAUGAUGAGGAUGGAGCCUGGCCCGUUUUGUUGGAUGAGUUUGUGGAAUGGUACAAAGAAAGAGAGAUGUCAUAGCAUCAGGUAGACUGCAACAAAACCACAUUAUAAUACAACGACGAUGACAAACGGCUAUGAGAAAACUAAAAACAAAGAAUACAAAAUGGGAGAGGUGCUUGUCAGUGAUGGCAGGUGGCGCAUCCAGGUAAUGAUAGCGAUAUGGUUUGGAGGGAGGGGGGGGGGGGUUAGGUGCAAGCCGCUCUGGCGAGAUUAGGAUGUAGGUCACCAUGGAGACAAAAACCCUCUCCAGGUAAUGAUCCCUACCCAUGUUACAUUGUGGGUAAUCACACGGCGAGCCCCAGUGGCGUUGUGCCCCCUCACUGUGAUGUCAUAUUGCUGCGUGUUAGGAUAUCGUGUUCUCAUGAGUGGCUAAAUGGUUUUGUGUGUGCGAGAGAUCCACUCUUGAACCCUUUGCUCCCGUUAGGAGGAAUUAAACUAAAUCCCUCCAUUUUGAACGGUCGGUCUUAGUCUUAAAAACAAGGUCAUUUUGACCCGGUCACAUUUGAAUAUUGCAUAUCCGUGCUUUGAACUUGAUCUGUGCUUGACUCUUUAUAACCUACAGAACCCAUCGUUUCUAUCAGUUUUGUCCUGUUUGGGUUGAAUUGGAAUUCUUGAAGAAGCACACUGUCAAAUGGCUGAGUGUUACAGUAGUUGGUAUUUUAGUCAUGGUCAUUAAAGCUGUUGUUACAGGUGGAUGAUGACACCUGUACAGUUUACUGUGAUGAAGUCAUUUGUGCCAGUGCUUUUUGAGCCCCCUUUUUUUUCCAUCCUUAGUCUUACUGUGAUACCAGCCUGUGCUAAAGCUUUGUAGCCCCCUGUGAAGGCUUCAGAUUACCUCAUACCACAACAACUAACCAAUCAGCAGUGCUGCUUAUGAACUCUUAUUACAGUGCAGUGGUCAGUCGUUAGUGGACUGGCCAGCAUUCAUUGGUUAUGUGACCAAUCUAUGUUUCUAAGCUGUAGGUUUUUAAGAGUUUUCUGUGCCUCUUUAACAAUUUAUAGAAGUCACUUUACUUGCACCACACACACACACACACACACACACACACACACACACACACACACACACACACACACACACACACACACACACACACACACACACACACACACACACACACACACACACACACACACACACACACACACACACACACACACACACACACAGUGGUCAGGGAUAAGUUCAGGAUUAAAUUAGACUGUUUGGCCUAAGUUGCAAGUUAAAAUAGAAACGUACCUCUAUUUUUUCUUCAUAUCUGGCAUAUUGCUUUGGUCUUGUCUUCUGUUAUGUCCACUGAACAUGUCCAGUUUAAUCCAUAUUACUAACGAGCCUCUCUCUCUCCCCAGUACUGAGAGUGUUAUAAUUGGAAGACUGUUUAAGGCCUUUGAGGAAUAGGUUGUGUAGGGUAGGCAGGCUGUACAUUAAGGGGAAAUCCAAUCCCAGCAUGCAUUGCCAUGUAUCAUUCAAGAGGUCUCAAAACCAUGGACACUGACGGGUUAGAUUUGGAACCCGGUGGUGAUGUAAUGGUGUUUUUUUGCCUAGCGUAGGGCUAAUGUUCUUGUAACACAUGUCAACUUUUGUCUCUAGCUGUGAUGUGACGCUCAAUUGUCAAUGAGAGUGAAACCUUGCAUGCAUGCUCUCCAUCAGAGCCAUCUGCGAAUGGAUGAGAUUUUUUGAAUACUUAUUUUAUUGUUGUUUUUGUACAGGAAUUUGUGCAAGUGUUUUUGUGCUUCAUUUGAUAUCCUUGGUCAUGUUGUCUUAACGCUUUAUGAAAACCAUGACUGUGUAUAUUCAGAGCUGGAACACACAUGCAACCUCAUUUGGGGAAGAGGAGUUCCAUCCUGCAUUUGCCCAACCACUCCCUUCUAACACACACACACACACACACACAGAACCACACUGUUAGUCUCUCAAACAAAUUGACAUGAACUGAAAUUAACAAAAGUUUGAGAAAUUGGAGAAAAAAGACAAGUUUGGUGCAGUGUUGAAGGUGUGGUGUAAGAAUGGUAUCCGGUCAUAUGUCAAUCAUUUAUUGGUCAAACCCAGUGGUCUGAACUAAAGCAUGUACAGUAAAUGGUUCAAUUUCUGAAGUAAUAAGAACACAUGAUAGCUUCACCUAUCAGUGAUCCAUGAUGCUUUGACUGUCAGUAAUCAGUGUAUUUGUGUAUAUUAGGUUUUGGUAGGAGAUGGAGCUAGUUUCUAAACGGCUCACUAAUCAUUUGCACAAAGUCUAAUUCAGAUGGUAUUCUACAUUGGUAUUGCAGGAGGAAGAACAACUUUGUCCUGACUGUAUGUACAGUAUGUAUGUCUGUUUUCACUGUAACCUAUCUCUACGUAUAAAUGGGUUUAUUAACUUA